UACUACAAGGCGACUGAGGCAUUGGUGCUGCGGUUGUCUGCCAUGUUUCACGUGAGCUUUCCGGAAUUUUAUAAGAAAUACCAGAAGGCUUUUGAGGCAGGCAAAUGGACGGUAGUCGACCCCGGCCCCUUCCUAGGUAGGGUAAUAGUAUGGAAGCUAGCAGUACUUCCGCAUCAGGAUGGAUUGGAUGCAGGCCCUGCUGUGAUAUUCCCAAUGGGCCGCUUCGAGGGUGGAGAGUGUUACAUUCCAGAUCUCAAACUCAAACUUUCGUACCGGCCUGGCGAGGUUAUCAUUCUAAUGGCCGGCGCGCUGUAUCACAGCAUAGGAGAUUGGACUCCUCAGCCUGGGGUGUCAGGAGAUGGCAUUACGCCAGGGCGGAUAGGUAAUGUUUGGUUUUUUCCCCGCUCUUCAUUUGAGCUGUUGAAAGAUAAACCUGCCGGCUGGUCUCUUAAGGGGGCGGGGGGG